AAGGGCACUUUCCAAUGUUCCUCCAAAGAGUUAACAUCAGCUUCCUUUCGACCGUGACUGCUCCAUUACCUCAAUAUGCUAAUAUUCGCAGAGGUCAGUUGAGCGACCAACUUACCUAAACUACACACUCAAACACACACAAUCAUAUAACUUCCAAGUGUUUGUUUGAGCCUGUAUUAAGCACACAGGAUGAAGAGCCUAGACGAGGCUCCCGGGAGUGAAAGAGACAGAGAGAGCAAGAACCCAGAGCGAGGAAAUCGAUACGAGACGUCCCAUUAUAAGAGUGCGCUCCUCUCUGAUCCAUGGAAACCAUGCAGACGGCCCCGUGCCAUUGUCAAAGAGUGGCUCCUGACACUGAGGUGUUGUCUGGGAGCAAUGUGUGGGAUGGAGUGGUACAGCUAUGCUGCUCUGGGCAUUGUGAUGGCCUUCCUCAGCUUUCUCAUGGACCUGAGCGUAACAAAACUGCUGAGCGCUCACCAGUGGCUUUAUAUGAAGCUGGAGGGCAACAGUUUGCUGCAGUUCGUCUGUUGGACUCUUUACCCAGCAUGCCUCUGUGCUGUUGCAUCAUCAUUCUCCCACAACAUCUGUCCCUUCUCCACAGGCUCGGGGAUACCUGAGGUACGAACCAUGCUGUCUGGCAUUGAAAUGCCUCAUUACUUGUCUCUCACGAACAUGUUUGCCAAGUUCCUGGGCCUUAUCUGUACACUGGCAGCCGGCAGCACUGUUUUCCUGGGCAAAGUGGGUCCAUUUGUGCAUCUUUCCACCAUGGUGGGAUCGUACCUGAGCAAAUUCUUCACUCCCGUACAAGCCAAUAAGAAGGACAAAGCAGCUGGAGAAAUGCUGGUUGUAGCUGCUGCGGUUGGGGUAGCCAGCUGCUUCGGAGCUCCCGUCAGCGGUGUGUUGUUCAGUGUCGAGGUGAUGAGCUCCCACUUCGCCCUGACGCAUUACGUCCCGUGUUUCUUCGCCGCUGCCUGCGGGGCGUUGACCUUCCGCCUCUUCACAGUGUGGAGUGGAGAUGAAGAGACUCUUCAGGCGUUGUUCAAAACUAAUUUCCCCACUGCUCUACCUUUCUACCCGCUGGAGAUUCUGCUGUUUGCUUUCCUGGGGCUGCUGUGUGGAGCUGCGAGCUGCUGCUACCUCUCCUGCCAUCGGUGGAUCCUGCAAUUUACCAAAACCAACCCAGUCUUCAUUAAGAUGCUGGCGACAGAGAAGGGUCUAUACUCCGGCAUGGUGGCCUUCCUCCUGGCAUCUGUGACGUUUCCAAACUUUGCCGGUCAAUACAUGGCUUCUAAGUACACCAUGAAGCAACUCCUCACCUCCCUGCUGGAUAGCAGGCAGUGGAGCUCUCAGUUCCAUAAUGCCUCUGUGCAUCUGGAGCCUGAGCCUUUGUUGGAGUGGAGCUCACCGGGGAGUCCCGUCUACCUGCCUUUGGCUUUCUUUCUGCUCAUGAAGAUGUGGAUGUUGGUCCUCGCCUGCACUCUGCCUGUUCCAGCCGGAUACUUCAUGCCAGUCUUUGUCUAUGGGGCAGCUUUGGGCCGUUUGCAUGCAGAGGGAGUAGCGUAUGUGUUUUCCUCUGGAGUGACUUCAGGGCAGCAGUGGGCCUCCAUAAAUCCUGGAGGCUAUGCACUGGCUGGUGCAGCAGCCCUAUCUGGGGCCGUGACACACACCUUGUCCCCAGCUCUCCUGGCCAUAGAGCUCACUGGCCAGUUCAGCCACGCUGGGCCAGUUCUCCUCGCCACUCUCCUGGCCAACGCCCUGGCUCGCUCUGGGCACCGCCCCUCUUUCUAUGACGCCCUCUCUGUCAGCAAGAGACUGCCACACCUGCCCUCCCUGAAGAGAGCAUGCCCUCAGCUUCCCUCCGUAGCAGUUGGACAGUUUUUGGGAGUGAAACCAAUACAGCUUCAGAAAGCAGCCGGGCCAGCAGAGAUUGAACAUGCUGUCAAAACAAGCAGUCAAACUCAGAUCCCCGUGGUUGACUCACAUGAGUCGCCGAUUUUGCUGGGCUUCGUGCUUCGAUCAGAGCUGCGGAUUUUCCUGCGUCACGCCGCGGCUGAGACCCUGGAGAAACAUCUGGAUGAGGUCUGCUGCGUUCGCCCCGCCUCUGUCCUGUUAUCACCUCACAGCACUGUCCAGGAGGCCCACGGUGUACUGAGUCUAGUGGGAGACCAGACCUUGUAUGUCACAGAGAGAGGACGGUUGGUCGGGCUACUCACGUGGUCAGAGAUGAAGAAGAUAUUGGAGGACUUGGCCAGAGAAAUCUAAGCGGUGACGAAUGGGAAAUAAGUCCAUCCCUUGACCAUCCAUGAAUCCAACCCUGUCUGAUUAGAUUGCAACACAAGCCUGGCUCUAAUAAUGAUAUCACGUCUUCAGUUCCCCAAGCGUAAUAGAAUUUGCACACAAACAAAACCGUCAUUAGACGGAGGCUCGGCUAUUACCUGAGCUCAUUGUUGUGUGCUUUUAUUGAAAUUCAUUGGAUCGUGUCCACUGAGGAGAUAGUACUGUUGUCUCACCUUGUGACACAGCUAUAUUAAAUGUGUGUCUGCCCAGAAUGAUGAUUUAAAACGGUAAAACCUCGCUGGUCUGAUUUACUGCCAAACCAUUUUUGAGAACAUUCCCAUUUAGUAAUGUCAAAUAAAAUAUUGAUUGUG